CGAGAACCUUUAAGUCACCUGAAGUCGUGCAUGAGGUUCUACAGUCUUCCUAAGCUACUGAAGAUCACAUCUACAAACCCCAUCAAGACCUUCCUGGAGAACCCGUGGAAGUACAAAAACCUGUCUGAGGCCUACUUCAGCUUCUGUAAUGUGACCUGGGACGGCACCAGAAACCACUUGGCUUUCGACUUGGGCUACCCUACUGAGGGAGCCGAUGAUAUGGAAGCAGCUGAAAGAUACAUCAAAGAAUUAGAAUACGACUUCAAGCUAGUCUUGUUGCUGGAGCACCUUGACGAGUCUCUGGUUCUCCUCAGACGUCUCAUGUGUUGGGAGAUGAAAGACGUCGUGUACGACACCGCGCCAAAGAACGUCGUGAAUUACUCCUACGAGUCCUACAACGCCACACCAGAGGAGCUGGCCAACCUCCGGAGGUGGAAGGCUGUGGAUUACCGUCUGUACGACACGUUUAACAGGUCCUUGUGGAGGAAGAUAGCAGGACAGGGACCAGAUUUCUACCGUGAGCUCCACCACUACCGGGAACUGAAGCAGAACAUCAGCUGGUUCUGUCAUGGAGAGCAACGCAGGAAACCUAAGCUCACACUCACUGUGAAAACUUCCCAGUGGAGUCCACAGUUUGUCGUUGAUGCCAGAUAUUGCAAGGAGAUGGCUACAAGGUCAUGGGACAUGAUGAAGGAAAUACGACAGAAAGAGUCAUUUAAAGUGGACACACGGUGGGAAAUCGUCUUGCCGGUUAUAAAUGUACGUUCAAUCAUCAACGGACGGCCAACCUUCAAAUACAGGAUUGAACAGAUAAAAUAUGUGAAAGAAUUGCGAAGGAAAAUCCCAAAACAUAAGACAUUUAGGAAGAGAAGAAAUCAUGGAUAGAUAUAUUAGAUAAAUCGCUACGUCCUAGUCUAGUUUGUCUUUGUUUAUAUAGAUAGAUUACCUAGGUUAUUACCUCCAUGAAAAAUGGAGGUAUU